ACGCGUCUGCACAGUGCAAAUUGACCUUAAUGUUGGCGCGAGACCUGCAGCGCCACAUCGUACAGCGUGCACACUUCUCUACUACUACCAAUAAUGAAGUUAAAAAGAGACUUCGAUCUCUGCUGAGAGAAUCAGCUCAACCAGUAGCUGUUGUAACGUCUCUCUUACAUUAUAACGAUACAUCUCCCAACGACUACCACGGCGCUACCUUAUCAUCAUUCUCCUCUAUCGCCUUGGACCCAUAUCCUUUGGUCGCGUUUUCGCUCAGAAUACCUUCGCGUAUGGCCACUUCCCUACGUAGCGCUCAUCCGGAUCCUCCGUCCGACAUGGUUGUCAAUAUCCUCUCUGCAACCCAGGCACCGACAGCUGUUCUGUUUUCUAGGCCGGACUUGCAUCCGAACCCUUUUCAGGAAGUCGAGUUUACACUAAAUCGCGAAGGGAUACCGGUCCUAGAAGGCUGUCUAGGUGCACUAUCGUGUAAAUUGGCAACAAAUCCAAUAUUGUUGGAUGAUCCGGGGUUUUCAGGAAGAGAUUUCGAGAAUGACUCGCGGUCGGGGUCGGGAGAUGCUGAAAGCGAGAACGAGAUUUCCCCUCCCUCUAUUACGUCCGAGCUUUUCAUCGCCCGAGUAACUAACAUCGAGAGAUUGGCCUUGGACGAAGCAGACACCAACGAUCCACAAACCAUGCCUCUUCUAUAUCAUCGUCGCAACUACUUGACUUGCUCUUCUAAAUACCUUUUGGAUUACCAGAAGCCUUGAAGGUGUCACGCAAGCACCCAAAGUCCAGACCAAUGAUUAAUAUAGCUGCAGCACUGAACCAGGUGUGUGUCCAUGCAAUAUACAUAUCUGCAUAUCUCCCAAAGUCUCAUAGAUUUGCCCUUCUCAUCCAUCUCGACGUGGGACGGAUGACGCGAAUGUUCUGGAUUCGUCGUUGUUUGCAAA